AUGCAUAGUCCCAACUCAUUGGGAGUUACUCGUCUAAUUGAAAACAAUUGGGUUCAAUUGUUCUUUUGCAGAGGAUAUUACAUCCGAUAUGAAUCGGAGGAUACAGAUCAGCCCGAAUUGAUGGAGAGACGCUGGCUGAAUUAUCCCCUUAAUUUUGACAAUGUUCCAAACGGUCUGCUUACCCUCUUCGUGGCGUCUACUUUUGAAGGUUGGCCAUCACUGCUAUAUCAAUCUAUCGACUCGUACGCAGAAGAUCAUGGGAAAGUCUACAAUUGUCGUCCAGUUGUGGCUAUCUUCUAUGUCGCCUACAUCGUCGUUGUGGCAUUCUUUAUGGUCAACAUUUUUGUCGGUUUCGUCAUUGUCACAUUUCAACAGGAAGGUGAACAGGAGUACAAGGGAUGCGAGUUGGAUAAAAAUCAGGUUGGUUAA